AUGGCCCAGUCCCGAUGGUGGCUGUAUGUACAGGCCGUCUUCUGGCGGUUUCUGAUGCGGAUCGGAAUGUUCCUGCACGAUAUUGGUCCGCCCAGUCCGCCCCGACCGUCCUUCACUCGCAACGUGACCUCCGACUCCCAUGGCCACUCAGUAGUCCUCCAUUUCUACUGCCCACCCGACUACCACCAGCAACGCCGGUUAGGUCAUCGCUACCCGGUUGCCGUCAACUUCCACGGAGGCGGAUUCACGCUCGGCUGUGCCACGGAUGAUUCUCGCUGGGUCAAGGUGAUCCUGGAUAAUGUCGGAGCGGUUGUUGUAAGCGUGAGUUACCGGCGCGCACCGGAGCACCCUUUCCCCGCAGCAGUGGACGACGGUGUCGAAGGACUACUCUACCUGGCAGCACAUGCCGCUGAGCUGGGCUUGGAUGUAAGCCGAGUGGCGUUGAGCGGGUUCUCGGCAGGCGGAAACCUGGCAGUUACGGUGCCGUUGAGGCUGCGUGGCCGGAUAUCAACCGAGGUCAAGGAACACUUGGGCCGAGCGGAAUCAACCCAGAACCUGAUCAACCAAGUCAGCGAUCUUCGCAUUGUGGCAUUGUUCAGCUGGUACCCGAUUCUGGACUUCCAGGAAUCGCGCGACCAUCGCCGGGCGAUGAGUCCCAUGCCGGACAAGACUCUCCCUGCCUUCUUUACCACCCUCUUUGACGAGGCUUAUCUUCCCAAUCUGGAGGAUCGUGCUUCUCCGUAUGCAUCUCCCGUGCGCGCCUCCGAUCGAAAUCUGGCCGAGGCCCUUCCUCACGAUAUCUUCUUGUUCAUCUGUGAAUGGGACAUGCUCAUGAAGGAGGGUCAAUCGUUCGUGCGCCGCUUAGAAGGCCUUGGCAAACGCGUUCGGGCCAUGCUUAUUGAGAAGGCCAAGCAUGCGUGGGAUAAGUCACCCAACCCAUGGCGGGACCAGGACAGCGUGGAUGUGCUUUACCGUGACGCCUGCGCAGACAUGAAGGCCAUCUUCGAUAGGUGA